AGAGAGAGCACAAUCUGACUGCCACUGAGCGACAGCGCAGUACAGUAGCCGCUACCAGCGUACCGGUGUCCGGCGGUGGGCCAGCCAGUAUGUCGGGGAACAAGCUGAGGAGCUCCUGGGCUACUCGACGGUAGCCAGUCAUCGUUUAUCUUCGACGGACUACACAAACGCUGACGCCGGCUGGGAUUUAUACCUCCCCCCGCCACCUACUUGAAGGGUAUCGGACGGAUUCAGCUCUUUGGGUCCUGAGCGGAGGUCCGCGGCGAAACAUGAACAAGAACCACCGAGUGCCGAGCAACCGUUCUCUGAGUGCCGUGGAGGUGAAGAGUAAGUUUGGUGCAGAGUUUCGCCGGUUCUCUCUGGAUCGCUCGAAGCCCGGCCGCUUUGAUGAGUUCUACGGCCUCCUGCAACACGUGCAUCGCAUCCCCAAUGUGGACUUGCUGGUGGGUUACGCCGACAUGCACGGCGACCUGUUGCCCAUCAACAAUGACGACAACUACCACAAGGCCAUCUCCACGGCCAGCCCCCUCCUCAGACUCUUCCUGCAGAGGAAAGAGGAAGCGGAUUAUACAACCUUUGGUACCGAUUCGCUGACAAGAAAGAAAAACACGGUCCUCUCGUCAGUUCUUCUUCGACCCGAUGCCAACAGGAAAAAGCCGCCAGUUAUCAUCAGCCUCCCGAGAGAUUUCCGCCCCGUCUCGUCUAUCAUAGACGUGGACAUCCUGCCCGAGACGCACAGACGCGUGCGGCUGUACAAGCACGGCCAGGAAAAGCCUCUGGGCUUCUACAUCCGCGACGGCUCCAGCGUGCGGGUCACGCCGCAGGGCUUGGAGAAAGUCGCCGCCAUUUUUAUCUCCCGAAUGGUUCCCGGCGGCCUGGCAGAAAGCACCGGUCUUCUGGCAGUCAACGAUGAGGUCCUGGAGGUGAACGGCAUCGAGGUAGCCGGCAAGUCACUGGACCAAGUGACGGAUAUGAUGAUCGCAAACAGUCACAACCUCAUCAUCACCGUCAAGCCGGCCAAUCAGCGGAACAACAUCGUCCGGGGCGGGGGCGCGGCUUCCGGCAGCUCGGGGCGGUCCUCGGACAGCGGGGCCAGCUACUACGGCUACUCUUCAUCGUCCGGGCCUGCCGCCAGCUCGUCCGGCCCCUCGCACAUCAUCCAGAACUUCCCCGUUGGCGAGCUGGAGAGCGACGAGGAUGACGAGGACCUCGUUAUCGAGGCAGGGGGCGGCGCCGAGCCAGUCAACCGCACGCUGUCCAAUUACAGCAUGCCCCCGCUGCCUCUCUACGAGCCACACCUCAACCUGCGAGCGUCCGCUUCGCCGCCGCCACCCUUCGCCCUGAAUGGCGCCGCACUGGCCCACGGGAGCAGCGGCUCACUAAGCAAGGCCGGAUCCUCCGCGCCGUCACCUGACAGAGCCACGAGGAGGCGGAGUCUCGAAGAGGAUGGGACUGUAAUAACACUGUAAACCCGCCAAACAGGCACUACAUUUGAGUACUUCCAUACACUCAGUACGUUUACAAGACGUUAGCUAAAUCCUUUUUUUUUUUAGUCUGGCUCAAACAUAAACACGUUAUACCAUACCAUAUAUACAAAAACUCACUUUGACAGCAGACUUCCUUGACACCAAUUCAUAUUUCGACAGGGCUUUGGUGAUAUUUUCGGGCAUUUCAGAAAGAUUGAGUGAACCACCAAUAUAUCUGGGAUUACUGUAUUUACAGCAUGUAAACAAGCAAAUCAAACCAGGUCAGACUAAGACAAUGUGCACAUGCUUUGACUGCAAGGCAGACAAGCAGCCGGCAGACCAGGAAGAACAUCUGGCUUCAUGCAUCCAUCCCACUUACCAAAAACACGAAUAACAAACAUGUCAGUUGUAACAUACGUCAAGUGUAGAGCGUGAACCAAGCAUGCACAGUUGGAACAAAUCACUGUUCACCAGCCAACGUGUUGAUUGAUUUUAUGAUUAUUACAGAAAAAGACCACAUCUAGGUGCACAGGAGGCAGCCACAACCUGUUAAAGAACAAUGCAAGUAAUCUGCUGGAGCAAACGGCAUGUAAACGUACUGAGCGACACGUUGAGAGGGAGCCACGGGCCAGCCAUUGAUGCCGCCGACUUUGACGGAGAAGCACAAUGACUUGUAAAUAUUCAAUCUGGACACAAAGGCUAUUUAAAUGUUUGUACGUCCUAACAUUUACAUGUAAAACGCCACACCCCGAGACUGUAGUGCCCACUUAUCAUGGCACUACAGAGGCUGUGGGCACAACACACACACACGAAAUGCCUAAAGGUGUUACUCAUAGAAAAAGCUCCCUCCAAAUCCAGGUACCUACUGCACCUCCCUCUAAGCCUCCUGAAGCACUUUUUUAUAUUCAAGCUUCCUCUAGGGGGCAAAAGUGAGCCCCGUCGUGCCCUUGUGUCUUAUGAAUAGAUGAGCGUUUCCCCAGCAACACGCCCGUGACACAAACAAGGCUCCCCCCCUUCCCCUCGCACGACAAUCGUCCGCAAGAACAUUGCAGCAAAGUCACCAAAGCUGCCUUCUGCAAAAAUAAUAACAGUAAUAAUAAUAAUAACAAUGAUGAUAAUGUUUUUAUUCAAGCACAAAAUAAGUCUGGGCCUCUUAGCCUCGGAUCAAGAAGUGCUGAUUUUAAUAAGUCAGCUACCGGCCUGUUAAAAAUCAGGCCUGCAUUUAUCUACUUUGUAUUCAGUUCAAUGAAUUUAAUAUAUUUGUGGCAUUUUCAACAAAGCCCCCCAAGGAUCAAGAAUUUUUCCAAUGUAUUUUUUGCCAUGCUGAAAUGGGCUCCUUUUGAGAGCGGUUCUAAUGAUUCCAUGAGCAAGCCUCCAUCCCGAGUUGCUUACUGUGCAGUGUGGAAAACAGCAGAGAUUCGAUUUAUCAAUUUUUGUGACAGUGUGACACCUGUUUGUAUACAAGUCAGUCUUCCAUAUGAUGUCCUUUUUAAGCCUUUCGUGGGUGGACAGUCUUCAUAUUUCUUUCAUAUUUAUCCUCUUCUGGCAGCAUCACAAAAGUAAAAGAUGCAAUAAGGCCAAAGAAAAACCACUUGUAGCUACUACCUUGAAAAUGCUCAGAGAUUAAGUGUUGCACGGCCACUCAUGAAAGUUGGACCUCCAUGCCCCCCCCCCCCUCCACAGAACUUUCCGGAACCAUUUGGAAUGGUUAUGGUCCACUGUAUUUGGGGUGAUUUUUGCCCCUGUUACUGAAUAUUCCAUGACAAGGAAAAGAACCACCUCCCACUGCAUUCGUGUAAAACAAAUGUUUUUUUUUUUUUUUCUUUUGUUGAUCCUCCCCCACAUACUUCCUGGACCUCGACUCUUUGUACAGUAAAUGUAUCUGGGUCAAGUCCACAGUUGACUGGUAUGUGUCCUCACCAGUGUUUCAAUUCUCUUUUAAAGUCCUGAGACGUUAAAAGCAUUCCAUAAUGGAUAGUUGGACCCGAUUGAAACAUUUGAUUGCACCACUGUGACACACAACCUUGUCUUUUGAGGCUCUUUUGACCCUAGCUAACAAAAGUAAAAUAGAUAUUGUACUAUUUUAAAGAGGCAAAAUGGUGUUUAAGGUGUCUUGCAGAGCUUUCCACUGUAUCCUUGACAAAUGCACUGGUCAACAGCAAAUUUGAAUCGGAGAUGGCUUUAUGUGUCUAAAUGUGGUUUUGACGCUGAUUUUUUUUUUUUUUCUAGCACAUCAUGUUUUUGAGAUAUUUGCAUUUCUUGUUUUGACCUAUAAAAGCUUUGCACUGGAUUUUACUGUGUUUCAGCAAAAUAAUAAUUCCACCUGUCGCUGAACCUCCCUCCCCCUUAAUUCUUCACCACCACUAAAUUUAUGAUUUUAUUUCAUGUUGUUAUUGUUAUGAAAACCUGAUGUGCUACUGAAAAAAAGAACAAAUUCAGAAUUAAAAAGUUGAUCUAGAAAAGUUCACGUGCAUCUCUGAUGAGAAAGGUGUAAAAAAAUGGUUGACCAAUGAUGUGUGCAAUUUGACAGCCUCCACAUGUACGAUGAAAUGAGAGCAAUUUUGGGCUCGAUUUUGUUUUUGGUUUUUUUUUCUGCGGCAGCAGUUAAUACGUCUUGCCUGUUUCCCAACCUUUUUUGUAUCAAGGUACAUAUUUUUCUUCAAAACAUCUCAAGCCACACACAUGAAAGUCCCAAAAAGUGGGUAACCAUUUUAUUAUGCACGUCGUUGGCAUACAUAGACAAACAAAGGCACAUUAUUUGGAUCAAAUAAGCUUCUGUCUAAUUCCGUUGGAUUGGGGAAUAUCCAGCGGUCCACCCAAUUAAGUGUGAACAUGAGUGUGUCUAGGCGUGUCCUGUGAUCAACUGGCAAACAUUCCAGGGUUUAGUCCCCAAAGAAAGCUGGGAUAGACUGGAGCUCACCUGCGACCUCAAUGAGGAAAAGCUCAUAAGAUAUGUUUCUCCUGCUUACACACGUCCACACAAGUUUUGGUUUUACAUAAUGCUUCUUACGAUUGCAAUCGAAUGAGCCUGUUUAGCCUAUGAUGAUGUCUGACCGGAAACACUUUUAAUGUUUGGUCUCGUGUGGCACCUGCUACCAUCUGUCACUCCAGCAGUAACAAAGCAAAAGAAAAUCAAUUUUGAAUUAUUGUAUUUAACUGGACCACAGGACACUGGGAUUGUAACUGCAGAGACACUGUUAUUUAUUCUCUAAUCAUGUCUAUUUCUGGAGUAUUUUCAUUCUUUGAACACUUUGUAUGACUUUUUAAAGUAACCAAGACCUUUUUUUUGUGCAUUCUUGAUAUUUUUGUUUGAGAAAAUCUCAUGGUAGAUAUAUUUGACCGAUGGAGAUGAUUUUUUGUAGCUGACUGUUGUUUUUGCUUAAACAACUGUUUUUUUUGGGGGGGGGAGACACUAUUUUUUUCAUACUGUGAAUUCUUAUUUUAAAGCAGAACAUUUUGAUAUUUGAGCCCCCUCUCCUCUCUCUCUGUGUCUCUCAAUUUUUAUUUUUGUAAAGAAGUGAUUGAGCAAUGGCAUUCGUUUGCCAGAUAAAUGCUAUGGUAUAUAUAGAUUUGUAAUGAAGAUUGUCUGUAUUUUCAUAAUAAUGCUUUAAAUGAUGUACAUUUUUAUCCCAUAGUGACUACAUUUUAAGACUCUUCUGGAGCUGUACGAAUAAAUAGAUGUACGCCUGUAAUUAUCGAUUUGAGGAGCUGAAUAAAAAUAAAGAGGUAUAUGUAGUAGC